GAUUAUACAGAGGAUUCCUGCUUGUAGUUGGCGGGAGCUGUCUCAGGUGGGCGGGGACUAAAUCGAGACGAAAAAGAUAAAAAAAAAACAGAAGUACCAGGAGAGGUUGUGAACCUUUGAAAGAAAUUCGGUUUUCACUUUCGGAGUGUUUGAAACUCUAGAUCGGAAGAAUAAUAAUGGAUAAUGGGACGGUGGCGGCGCCGCCUCCAGUGCCAAGAGUAGGCGUGGCGGUGUUCGUAUUGAAGGGGAAAUCGGUUUUGUUGGGACGUCGCCGCUCUUCCAUCGGUGACUGUACCUUUGCCCUACCCGGCGGCCAUCUCGAGUUUGGGGAAAGCUUUGAGCAGUGUGCUACCAGAGAAUUGAAGGAGGAGACGGGCUUGGACAUUGGGGAAACAGAAUUCUUGACGGCAACCAGCACCGUAUUCCUGGAGGCACCAAAACCUUCACAUUACGUGACCAUCUUUAUGCGGGGAGUUCUGGUGGAUCCAGAUCAAGUGCCUCAAACUCUUGAGCCCGAGAAGUGCUACGGAUGGGAUUGGUACGACUGGGAUGACAGUCUCCCCAAGCCAUUGUUCUGGCCAUUGGAGAAAAUGGUGAAUAGCGGCUUUAAUCCCUUCCCAUCCAACUAGCUUUUGGCUGGGUUAUUGGUCUUGCUCCUUUCAGUAUGCUUAAUUAGGUUAGGUGAUGUGCUCUCUUAAUAUUGUUUGUGCCCUGGCUCAACCCCUGGCCUUUUGAUCUGCUAAUACAUUGAGCCUGUUAGCCAAUGUAACUUGUUAGCAUUUGCAUUUGGCACGAGCUACAAACGUAAAUGGUUGUAUUGCAUGUUUGAAUGACGAAGGAAACAUACUAUUUGAUGUUUUUUACUACAAAUGCUCUAUAUUACUUCUUGACAUUAUGAAA